AUGCCGACCGUCAAGAGCAAGAAGAAGAAGCCGAAGAAGGAGGUCAGCGAUGGAGAGGAGCAGGGAGAAGGGGGUCUGGAGCUGGAGAUGGAGGAAGGAACCAACAGGAGCCAUUCGGACAGCAGAGACCCUCUGACCCCAGAGCCACAGGAUCCAGCACCACAGAAGAAGAAGAAAAAGAAGAAGGCGCCCACUACUGACCAGGAAGCAGAGCAUGCUGACGUGCCAAACGGAAACAUGGCUGAGCCAGCCAUGGACGGAGAGGACAUGACUGUCGCUGUCACCAGAAAGACGAAAAGAAAAAGGAAGGUCAAGGCGACGGAGCACUACAGCAAUGACCUGGGAGCCGAAGACGACGAUAUCAUCACAGACUCCCAGUCCCCCAUCCCCCAGCAUUCCCUGUUCUCCGCCCCCCACGGACACAGCCAGCCGGUCGGCAAAGUCUUCGUGGAGAGGAACAGGCGUUUUCAGGCAGAGCGAGUGGAGCAGCUCCGACACUCCGAGCUGAUGGACGACUACAUGGACCCCAGACAGAUCUGGACCACCAGAGACGUCGCCAUGAGGGUUCACAACAGCUUCAGGGUGAUCGGUCUGUUCUCUCAUGGUUUCCUGGCCGGCUACGCCGUGUGGAACAUCAUUGUUGUGUAUGUGCUGGCGGGCGAACAGAUGACCACGCUGCCCAACCUGCUGCAGCAGUACCACCCACUGGCCUACCCCGCUCAGUCUCUGCUCUACCUGCUGCUGGCCAUCAGCACUGUGUCUGCGUUCGACAGAGUGAACUUGGCCAAGGCCUCCAUGGCCCUGAGGGGUUUCCUCACCCUGGACCCUGUGGCUCUGGCCUCUUUCUUGUAUUUCAUAGCCCUGAUCCUGUCCCUCAGUCAACAAAUGACCAGUGAUCGCAUCAAUCUUUAUCCGACAGCCAAUGAGACUCUGUGGCCUCCAGGUUCAGAGGAGCAGAUCCUGCGGCCGUGGAUUGUAGUGAACCUGGUGGUGGCGCUGCUGGUGGGCUUGGCCUGGGCCGUCGUCUCCACACGGCCGGACAUCGACUACACAGAAGAGUUUUUGAUGACAAUGGAAGUGGAGGGAUACCCGAGAGGAGACGAGAACCUGGACAUCCCUGCCUGA